GUCCAACCCCCGACGCGUCUUCAGUCUUCGCCCCCAGCAAGCCAAAGCCUCCGCCUUUCUCCUCCUUUUCCGCCCAAACAAACCGCCCCCUCCCCUCCCGUCGCCCUCACCUCCGCCCUCGCCGGCAGUAGUAUACGCCCGCCACCAGCUCCGACGACCCGCGCCUUCCCUCCCUCCCGACGUCGCCGCCUCCCGCGCCCGGUCCCCCGUCCUCCCCUCCGCCGCGGGUUUGUUCUAGAGGGUGUAUCUGAAGUUCUCUCAGCAUCCGAGUGCGCAGCUUUGUACAAAAGGAACCAUUGAGGCCAUCUCAGACUGUCUUCAUGGAUGAAUGAUAAGAUCACCAGUUGCUGUCACUUUAAGUAUCUACAAGUCACUCUUUUCAUAAUAUUUCUGAGCAGAGAUUGGGGAGUCAAGUUGUAAGGGUGUAAAGAUGGACUACUCUAAUGGUUCUUUCUUUCCUUCAUGGCCUGACAAUUCCGCUUCUGAGAAUUAUAGCUUUGUUGAUGGUUCAGUGGAAUCAUAUGCAGAAGAAGGAAGUAUGCCACCUGCAGGCUAUUUCAGAGCUAGAUCAAAUCAGAAUUUAACAUUUGAUGAGCAUGAACAGAACCCUGCUAUGCUUGCAAAUGGGUGCUUGCCGUACAACACCCAGACUGAUCUAUUAUCUGGUGAGAUUCUGUCAGAGGACAAACCUUCCAACAGCCUUAUGGAGCUUCCACAACUUCAGAACAAUGGCAGUCUGCAAAGUAAUUUAAUCCCAUCAGGGACUCUUCAGUGCACUUCAACACCUGGAACAUUUGACCUGCAGUUGGAUACCCCUGGCCUUCUAGAACUUCCUCAUGCCUUGUCCAGUUCAAUUGAAAGCAAUGGUAGUGAAGUUUCAGCUUUUCUUGCUGAUGUACAUGCUGUUUCUUCAGCCUCAACUCUGUGUUCGACAUUCCAAAAUGUUCCUUCCUACAUGGAACCAGUAAGCCUAGAAGCUUUCAGUUUUCAAGGGAUACAAAAUGCUGCUAUGUUCAACAAUACAAGUCAUUCAAAUGGGAACCUGUCAGUAUUUGAUGAGGCAACCAUGGCAUCACUACAUGAUAGCAAAGAAUUUCUCAGUGGUGGCAUCUCAUCUUUUGGUACGGCCGAGCAGUCUCAACUAGCUGGUAGUGGUUUGAAGGCUGAACAACAGGAACAAAAUGUGAUGUGCAAUAUUCCGCUCCCUUUCGCUUCUGGUAGUCAGAUGGCAGUGAGUGAAGCACAAGGGACACUGAUUCCUUCAAAGAUAAGCUCAACGAUCCAUAACAAUAAAAGUGAGUACCCUGUCCCUAUCAGCCAUUCUGCUGAUGCGCAGAACAAGGCAAAUUCAGCUAAUGGAAAUAGUGCCAGUGCUAAGCCACGAGCAAGGGCUCGUCGUGGACAGGCAACUGACCCUCAUAGUAUUGCUGAACGGCUUCGCAGAGAGAAGAUCUCAGAGAGGAUGAAAAAUCUCCAAGACCUUGUACCAAAUUCAAAUAAGGCAGAUAAAUCAUCAAUGCUUGAUGAAAUAAUUGAUUAUGUGAAAUUUCUUCAGCUUCAGGUGAAGGUCUUAAGCAUGAGUAGGCUAGGAGCUCCCGGGGCAGUUCUUCCCCUCCUUGCAGAAUCUCAAACUGAGGGCCAUAGCAAUUCACCUCUAUCACCUCCAACUGCUUCACAAGGGCUUCUGGACGCAGCAGGCCCAGAAGACAGCUUGGUCUUUGAGCAAGAAGUUAUAAAGCUGAUGGAAACAAGCAUCACAAAUGCAAUGCAGUACCUUCAGAACAAGGGCCUCUGCCUGAUGCCUAUCGCUCUUGCUUCAGCCAUAUCCAACCAGAAAGGCACUUCUGCAGCUGCAGUCCCUCCUGAAAGGUGAAAACAGAAAGCACAUCAUGCUCCUCCCAUCGGCCUGAGGAAACAACUGCCGAAAUGUGCUAGAGUUCAUAGAAGUUAUGAGAAAACUAAAUCCGAGGCUGAAGGAUAGGAAGUUAUGCGACUAAUAGUACAAGCUUAUGGUAUAAUCUAGUAGCUUACUCCAAGAAACCUAUACCUUUUCUCUUCUCUGUUGCACAUCGGUUGAUGUGUAUUCUUUUGUUUUUUGGACGGCAUUCUAAUUGGGUACAAGUGUCUGGCACCUUGGGUUGUACAUGGAUCUAUGAGGGUUAUUACCGACUGUUCAUGAUGUUA